GCUUCUUGAUGACUAAGUUAAACUUGGCGAGAUUUCUUAUGAGGAAAAAAAAGAGGCAUAAGGACGUCAGGUUAAUGAGAAGGUUAGAUGUCUUUCCUCCUGACGCAUUGAGAGCUCUAACGACAACAUGCCUCCACGGCUCUUCAGUCAGCCCUACCCUCGGGCCUUAAAUGUGUCCAUAUUGCAAAACCCAUUCGCAGCCCUAUCUCUAGGGCCGUCGCCGGCCUCGUCGAGAAUAGCACAAUUCAGUAACAAAAGUCGCACCAAGAAGAGAAAAAGCCAGAAUCCAUACGCAAUUGCACAGGCCCGGCAACGGAAAGCGGCGAAUUUGUCCCGACAAGCCGUGUUGAAAAAAGAGCGUAUUUCUUCUACCUAUGGCGACCCCGUCACCGGCAAUCCUACCCCCUUCAUCGAAUCGCUGAUGCCAGAGCAACCUGAACGCACUGCUGCCUCCAUUCCCACAUCUACAUCUCAACAAGGGAGCAAGAAGGCUGAAAAUACCCAACCCGCUCCCUCUCCUGCAGUCCCCGACCUGAAUCACUAUUUGACAUCUGCCGAAUUCCAAGCGGCUCUUGAGCGGUCGAAACGCCUUACAGAGCCCGUGGCGAAGAGCCAAAGCCAUUCAGUCGAUCCGCAAGCCGAGGAGGAAGCGCGGCUCGCACAUGAAGAAGCGCACCGCAACGCGCAACAAGCCAUCAGCCGCAUUAUCCAGCUUGAGAAUGGCAGCAACAAGGAUCGGACCCGGGUGAAUAUCCAGCGCUGCAUACAUACUUUUGGCAGACACGUUACAGAAUCGCUCCUUGCGCCCAAACCUCCUGCUGCCAUCAACCCUUCAGCGCCCCAGCACCCAGCAAGACCGGCACGAGCGGGACCAGACACAGGGUCUUCGGAGGUGCAGAUUGCUAUUCUAACAACCAAGAUUCAAGUGCUUGCUCAGCAGAUGUCCAAGUAUGGACACAAGGACAAACACAACAAGCGGAAUCUCCGGGUGCUUGUUCACAGGAGACAGCGGUUGCUAAACUAUUUGAGAAGAAAGGAGCGCGGGGGACCUCGGUGGCAGAACCUGAUGAGCACCCUUGGGCUGACCGAUUCAUCAUGGAAAGGGGAAAUUAAUUUGUAGGGUUGUAAAUAUAGGAGGCGCGCUUUUGUUAUUUUGUAGGUUACUUUUUCCUAUUAGACCGCAAUUUGUGUUUGCUUUUCUUUCCUUUUUUUUAUUUUUUUGUUCCUCAUUUCACCCUACCAAACGAUUUCUCGCUUUGAGAAAUCUCAAAUCAUCCGCACGUACUUUACAAUGAGUUACCGGACCGGCAUUUGCUUUUAGUUCAAUUAAAUGUAUUUAUAUGGCUGCUGUGUUGUUCUUGGCUACAAGGGUAUAUUCUCUUACAGACAACACUGUCUUCCCUUCCCAUUCUUGAUCAAAUUCUAGUGAAGCGUUUUGAGGAACACAACACAAAUACAUCAACAACCAAAAGCUCCGAAGCUCUUAACCUAUUUAUGGUAUUCACCAGGAAACCCCUCUUACCCCGCUCGUAGUGACUGUGCCUGGGUGAUAGUAACUAUACAGCUAGGGGUAUGUGU